UUCCAUACGCAGUGUGGACUCCACUGAGAAGAAGCAGCAAGAGCUGAAGAGCAAAUAAAGAAGAAGAGAAAGCGGGCCGAAGUAGUAUCUCCUUCCGGCCGGAAUUUCUGGCUUCUCUUUGAUUACCGGAGCAGAGGAGGAGGAGCAAUUGCAUAAUUAUGGUAACAGUAUGAAGUGUGAUGCAGAAAUGUCAGUACCCUAAUCGACAGACAGCUGGUUUGGUCCCUUUCCAAUUUCCUUCUGGCGGGCCAAGUUCACAAAUCUGAACCUUUUUUCACUUUUUGCCUUUUUUUUACCUCCAGUCUCCUCCACUUCCAUUGAGCAGAGCAGUAAGAGAGGCUCCUGUCUUCCAUUUGUCUUUUCCCCUCCAAGAAUAUAGCUUUAUGAUUUCGCUUUUAUUCUUCCACUUUCUUUUCAUUCUCCAUCAUUGUAUCCCCUUUUUCUCCAAGUUUAUUGUCUGAGAGUGUUUUUAUUCUUCUAUCUGCAAGUGAUUUUUUGCCCAAUCUCUCAACUUUUGGAGCAAUGAAACUGAGUUUUGACCUGGAAGUUGAUGUCAAUGGUGAGGAGAUCUUUUUUGUUAACAAGGAAAAACUUUGUUCAUUCUCUGGCAAGUUAAACAAAUUAUUAAGCAAAGCUCCAGUGACAUCGGUUACAAAGCCUCUGAAAGUGAUUUUCAAUGAUUUACCAGGAGGGGCAGAGGCCUUUGAACUCUUGAUAAGGUUCUGCUAUAACAAUGGCAGAAUCCAAAUUACUCCAAACAACACUUGCCUCCUCUACUUCAUAGCUCAAUCCAUGGAAGUGACUGAAGAAGAAGUUCAUUCAUCUGACAGUUUAAUCAAACAAACUGAGAAAGCUGUUGAGAGUAUCUCAUAUUGGUCUUUGCCUGAAGUCUUGAUAUCUCUAAAACAAUGCCAAAAUUAUUUUCAAUUAUCGGAAUCUUCAGGCAUCCUUGACAAAGUAAUUGAUUCUCUUGUAGCUAGAAUUACCACAGCAAGUGAUACCAGCCCUUCAGCUUCUUCACCUGAUAGCUCUUUCUUCCGUAUCUCGUUCGAUACAAAGAGUAACAUUAGCACGAAGAACAGUCAUCGUCGAGCUUGGUGGUUUGAUGAUCUUGUCAUAUUAAACAUUGAAAUGAUUGAUAGGGUUAUUGGAAGGAUGAUUUCUCUGAAACUAGAGCAUAAUAAAAUCAGCAAAUUCCUCUUUUACUAUCUGAAGUGCAAGCUCUCCUCAGCUUCUGAUGAGAAGAGGAUGGUGACCGAGACUGUCAUCGACCUACUCUACUCGCUCGAUAAAAACUCGGUAUCUUGCAAAGGCUUGUUCGAUAUUCUUCGCAUCUCCUCAUCUCAAAAUCUCAGUGGUAGUUGCAGAGAAAGAUUGGAGAAUAUGAUUGGUAGCCAGAUCGAUCAAGCUACUUUGGAUAGUCUAUUGAUUUCCUCUCCUACUAGGACCGAAAGCCUUUAUGAUGUGAAUAUACUCCUAAGGUUCUUGAGACACUUCCUUGCUUGUGGAGGUCGAACAUCAUUAGAUCGAUUGAAGAAGGUUGCAAGCCUUCUAGAUUUGUAUAUGGCUGAAGUUGCCCCUGAUGUAUACUUAAAACAUUCAAAAUUUGUAGCACUAAUUACAGCCCUUCCUGACACAGCAAGAGAUUCUCAUGACUCUUUGUAUAGAGCCAUUGACAUGUAUCUUGUGGUUCACAAUAGAUUGACCGAGGCAGAGAAGAUGAAGAUCUGUUGCUCCAUUAAUUACGCGAAGCUUUCAUUACAAUCCUGCAAGCACUUGGCACAGAAUCCCAAGUUUCCACCUAGAACUGCAGUUCAAGCGCUAUUGUCUCAGCAAUCCAAACUUAAGGGCCUACUCCAAGAUUCCAACAACUUCAAAUCCUUUGAUAGUGAGCAAAAACAAUCGAAAGAUGGAGAUCAGACCCUUCUUUAUGGGAAGAAGCUCGAUCCAGAUCCAUUGAUGGAAAAUGAAAAGCUCAAAGCUCACCUCAAAGGUAUGCAGUGGAGGGUGAUAGAGUUAGAAAAGGCCUGUAGGAAGAUGCAGAACCAGAUGGCAAAAAUGGUGAAAUCAAAGACAUCGAGCCCAACAUGCUCUAGACCACUUCCCAGGCUAUGCUCAUGAUUAAAGCUUCCUGUUUCCCUUUAAUUUUGCUUUGAUUCAAAGCUUCAUAUCUGUACAGCGUACAUUGGCAUUUUGGUUUCCCAAGCCUUUUGUAUGGAAAGCUAAAGCUGAUUGAUGGAGAGCAGUGUGAAAAUGAUAGGUUGCUGGGUUGUUCCUGCCUGCUUUGCUUAUUGACAAAUCGAUUUGUACAGCUUUUGAGAA